GCUCCAUUCAGUGGCGGGUUCCGAGGCGGACGGAGCUCCGGCGGAUGGGCGCGGCGGUUGCACAAUAGACACAGGUCCUCGGCCAGCAUCACUCAGAGGGCAGCAGCCGCAGGAGGAGGUAGAUCCCGUUCUGGUGCAGUAUAAAAGGAAAAAUGUUCUCCCGACUAAGGGUAGCUGCCACUCCCUGUGCGAUGGCAUGUCGCAGUGCACAUACGAAAGAAAAAGGCAAGCCGUUGAUGUUAAACCCACGAACAAACAAGGGUAUGGCCUUUACAUUACAUGAACGACAGAUGCUUGGGUUGCAAGGACUCCUACCUCCUAAAAUAGAGACACAAGACAUUCAAGCCUUACGCUUCCAUAAGAAUUUGGCAAAAAUGACUGACCCCUUGGAAAAGUAUAUCUACAUAAUGGGAAUCCAAGAGAGAAAUGAAAAGUUAUUCUAUAGGGUAUUACAAGAUGAUAUUGAGCGGUUAAUGCCAAUUGUAUACACACCAACAGUAGGCCUUGCCUGCACCCAGUAUGGACACAUCUUCCGAAGACCAAAAGGGUUGUUUAUUUCUAUCUCAGACAGAGGCCAUAUAAGGUCAAUUGUGAACAACUGGCCAGAGAACGACGUUAAGGCCGUUGUCGUCACUGAUGGAGAAAGAAUAUUGGGUCUUGGAGACCUAGGUGUUUAUGGGAUGGGAAUUCCAGUAGGAAAACUGUGUUUGUAUACAGCCUGUGCAGGAAUACAUCCAGAUAAAUGCUUGCCUGUGUGCAUCGACGUUGGAACUGAUAAUACAACACUCUUAAAAGAUCCAUUUUAUAUGGGCCUGUACCAAAAAAGGGAUCGCUCACAAGUCUAUGAUGACCUAAUUGAUGAAUUUAUGGAGGCCAUUACAGACAGGUAUGGCCAGAACACACUUAUCCAAUUUGAAGACUUCGGAAACCACAAUGCUUUUCGGUUUUUAAGAAAAUACAGAGAGAAAUAUUGUACCUUUAACGAUGAUAUUCAAGGGACAGCUUCGGUGGCCUUGGCAGGACUGCUGGCAGCACAGAAAGCCACCGGUACACCACUUGCAGAGCAGAAAGUGCUGUUCCUUGGAGCAGGAGAGGCCGCCCUGGGAAUUGCAAACCUCAUUGUUAUGGCUAUGAUGGAAAGCGGUGUUUCUGCUGAGGAAGCCUACAGGAGGAUAUGGAUGUUUGACAAAUAUGGUUUGCUGGUUCAGGGCCGAGAACAAAAGGUAGAUUCCAAUCAAGAACCAUUUAUGCAUCAGGCUCCAGAGCAGAUACCAAAGACAUUUGUAGAGGCAGUGAAUGUACUUCGGCCUUCAGCUAUCAUUGGAGUUGCAGGGGCUGGGCGGCUCUUCUCUGAGGACGUGAUCAAAGCCAUGGCCUCUAUCAAUGAGCGACCCAUAAUAUUUGCACUAAGUAACCCUACAGUGAAAGCUGAAUGCACAGCAGAGGAAGCAUAUACAUUAACAGAGGGCCGUUGCUUGUUUGCCAGUGGCAGUCCCUUCGACCUGGUGACUCUGAAAGAUGGAAGAACCUUCAAACCAGGCCAAGGAAACAAUGCUUAUAUUUUUCCAGGCGUGGCUCUCGCUGUGAUCCUCAGCAGUGUUCGACAUAUUAGUGAUAAGGUUUUCCUAGAGGCUGCUAAGGCAUUGGCAGAACAGUUGACUGAUGAAGAACUUGCACAAGGAAGACUUUAUCCUCCACUGUCCAACAUCAGGGAAGUUUCUAUUUAUAUUGCUGUCAAGGUUAUGGAAUUUUUGUACGCAAACAACAUGGCUUUCCAUUACCCUGAACCCGCAGACAAGAACCGUUACAUUCGAUCAAAGGUUUGGACCUACGAAUACGAAUCGUUCAUGCCAGAUGUGUAUGACUGGCCUGAAUCUAAGGUUCACUGAUGCAUCAGAAGAUCACACUCCUCAGGCAGUAUCUUCUACUCUGCAGGGAUUCCUUUUCAGACCAAUUUAAAUCAUGAUCUUCGAGUCCUGUAAUUUAUUUUUGCUCAUUUUGUUCUUUUUUUUCCCCUUCUACCCUGUUUCUCACUUGACGUAGACUUCUCCCCACUCUCCCAAGUACCUGAUAAACUGUAUGGAUGAUGGUAUCCGUCACAGGAAUGAGAGAGCUCUCCAAAAUUAAUUUAAAUAAUGACAUUGCAUUUCUAGCUUAGAGCCGGCACCACACUAAAGAAUUCCAGUAAUGAGGUUUUAGCUACGUGCAUUUGAUGAUGAACUAGAGCUCUCUCAUCACUGUUGAUUUCUAGAAUGAUUUAUUUCUGCUUUUAAUAAUCAGUCUUCUAAUUGUUCUAGUGUUGUCACACUGCGUUAUCUGUGACAUCACCAGAGAGCAUUUUUAAGAAAAAAAAAAAAAGGACAGCUUAAGACAAAUUUACCAGUCUAAUGGGCUUUUCUGAUUUGUCUGACGUUUAAAGAUGCCCACGUCCAGACUUCCUUGCGGCAUCAGCUGCUCUAUUUCUUUGAACGUGCUUUGAGGAGCAGCGUGGUGUGCACGUGUGGCAUCUGCAGCAGUGUUUGUAUUUCGUGUUCUCAUCGUUGCACGAAAUCUGUUAUCAGGAAAAAUGUGAACUAGUUGAAGUUAUCCUUGGAAAGCCUGAAAAUACUAGUAAUCACUUAAUAGCUUUUAAAAACAGAGCUACGCUGUGGCAUAAUAAAUUCUAUCACAUAAAGGAAGGAUCUGAAGGAAUUUAUAGAAAUCGUUUAGUGAUUUUUACAAGAUGUACCACAGGAUUUUUUGUUUCAUCUGUUUCAUCUGUUAAUUAAGAAUUAAGGUUCUGUUUCUUCUAAGCUAAAUUGUUUUCUCCCUUGCAUACCCUUGUUCUCAUAAAAAGACUCGUGUGUGAUGGUUUAAUGACAUCGCUGGCUCAAAACCUCCUAAGCAGACUCACUUGCCACUUCAAAAAAAACCCCAGAGGCAGCUGAUGAAUCUGAAACAGAAGGUGUUACAGGCAGCUAUUGACGCGCCCAUUUACAGAAGUUUGCAUGUUUCUUGUGGUCUCAGUCCAGUUUAUUCAGUUCGGUUUGAAUACAGGACUCGAAAGAUCUCAUUUCUUCAGCUUAGAAGCUCAAAGUUGAUUGCUUCAUCUUCCUCUCUCCAUUUACAGGUUUAAUUUGUCAGGUUUUUUAUGUAAAAACAAAAAUUGCAAGGAGAAUUUUUUCUUGCAGCGAAUAGUACUGCACAUUUGAUACAGAUGAACGUGCAUUCCUUUUUGUUUUGAUCGUAUCGGGUUUGAGCACCCUCCGUUACUUCACAUGAGCGGGCAAGGCCACAGAGUGAUACUUAGAGUCUGUGACUUCUCUAAAUCUGGGCUCUGGAACAAGAACAAUGGUAUGUCAGGAACAGAAAUAAAAAUAAUGUGCUGUUCCGUAGCUUGCUGCAUCGAGGCCAAAAAAAAAAGGACAAAAAUAAAUGGGUAGAUGUAAAAGGGCUAUACUGCCAAACUUGAAGCCGGAAUCCAAAGAGACAAAGUAAAGCUUGCUUAGGAUUUCCCCGUGGCAAGCACCGCUCUUAUAUCCUCAUUUAUACAGGAAAAUGCCGUCUCUGCAGAAUAGGUCCAAAACAGAACGGGGAAAACAGUCUCUGUACCCCCGUGGACACAGUCUCUGUCGCUUUCUGCCUAGUAUCUGAUUUUAAAAUUAUGGUCAUGUAUUAAAUAAAAAGAACAGUACGCUUUGGGAAGGCUUUAGCGGAGUGAGGGAAGAAGACUGAUUAUAUAAACACAGAAAACAGUGACGUGGGGAAAAGGCUGCUUAUUCAAACUGUGGUAAAGUGCUGUCUGGUGGGGGCUCGGGAUGCUGCGUUGCCGAGUUGGGCGACGUACGUGGUUUGCAACUUGUAUAUGUAAGUAUAUGUAUAAAAAAAAAAAGACCAACACACGCAUAUGAUGUUUUUACAAAGAAUGCUUUUUUCAUCUAUUUUUGCUAUGCCUGGUUUUUAUUGUAUUUAAAUUUGUGAUCAUAGUGAAAAAUUAUUUAUUUAGUGUACAAAUUCUUUUUACCUUCUGAAAAUUCAACUCUAGCCUGUUGCAGUGUGUCAGUGGAGUUCUGCAUCAUCGGAUUCAAGUAUGUUGGGAACGCACACUUCCUCACUUCUGCCGACACACUAAUUAGGCAGAUGAGUAACAAAAAUACCCCAUGCACUGAUCUUGUGUCCUGGCUGAGAAUGAUCACAGAGGCAGGGCAAUCGGUCCGGAAAUAUAACUCUGUCUUACAAAAUAAAGAUCUGCAUCCAUCUAUUCAGUCUGAUUAUUUUUUUUCAGGCAAGAAGUACAGUCAUGGUUUGUAAUCGGUGGGCAUUGAUAGUACUCAGGAAAACAGCAUUACCUGCACGCAGCAGGAGUCUUGGUUUGGGCAAGAGUGGUUUUGGUUCCCGAAGGCAGUUGUCACGCAGGAAACUCGCAGCAGCUGCCAUUCAGCCAAGGGAAGAUACCCGCUCCAUGAAGCACGGUCCUUCCACUUCCUGGCAGGGGCUCCCUGCUGUCUUUAGGCAGAUGCCAAGAGAAUUGUUCAGAACUGGCUGGCAGUGGGAUUUUCCCCGAGUUCCUGCGUAAUUUUUCCUGGAAAUUGCACUGUACAGGUGAAGAAGAACCAGUCUUUAGCUGACUCGAAGGCUCCAGUUACAGUACAGCCCUGCCCUGAUCGGUCUGUGCAUGUGUUGGAGCUCGAGAGUAAAGAAGGCGUGACUGUGUCUCUCUAACCUGUCCCAUUUAGAGCAGCUAAGUGGUACCAGUUAGGCUUCAUCUGUACAUAGGUACCUGUGGACAUUGCUUAAUCAGGUUCUGUGGAUCAUCUGUAGCUUGCAGUGUAGACUUGGUGGAAUUUUCCCUUUAAUGUAUAGCCAUUGUUUUCCAUUAGCGACAGGUAACAUGUCAGCUCACAAAGUUUUAAGUGCAUCUCACUCUCCUUUUCAUCUUUUUCAGAUUUUUUUUUUUUAUAAAACAUAUACAUUCAUCUUCAGUUUUGUGUAUUCUUCAGGUCUAAUUAAUCUUUGAAUUAAUUAUGACUGCUAAUCUUGCCGCUUACUAAGGAACCACAGUAUCCUUUUUCAUAUUCCACAUAACCUGCCUUUUUCUAUUUGCUGGCUUAUUCAGAAGCAUUUACCGAUGUUUAUCUAUACAGAAAAUUCUCUUGCGCAGCAUGCAAAGGGCAAAAGUUGUCACCAGGAUGUGUUUUGUAAUGCUGCAUAGUGUAAGUUAAGCUUAUACUGCUAAGUUAAGCUUAUUCCUUAAAAAAAUCCAUCACCUGAAGGAUGCCUAGUUUUCUAGUUGUUCACACAGCCCUCAUGACUUUUGCCCUCCGAAUGUUAUAGGAGUCUGUCUUUCAUGUUUCUUCUGUAAGGAUACUAUUCCGGAUGUACGGACACCUGGGAGAGGAUCAGAAACUCCCUCUGAGGUCAGUAGCUGAGCCUUUUCCAGGACUGGUCCAAGACUUGCUUCCUUAAAAUCAACAGAAGCAGGACUGAGCCUCUUGGCAGCGAUGUAUAGAAAUGUCUUGGGGAGGAGGAGAAGGGUAGCUAAGGGAGCGCAGCCUUUUCUUACCAAAUACGCGUGUUCUUGUUCAAAGAUGUUACAAAGGUUUGUAUGUUGCUGAAGCGUAUGCCCCCGUGCCAGCAAUUGUUAUGUAGAGGAAGACUAUUAAAAUGUUGUGUCUGAUAGAUUCUAAAACCCAAAUGUGACGCCUCGCCUAAGUUCUUGGUUAUGUUUGUGAACAGUGAUGUUUCAUGAUGUGGUGUUUGUUACCCAAGCCUAAAACAAAGUGACACUUAAGUGCAGCUCGGUGUUUAACAGGUUUCCUCUGGUAGGAGGUGUCUAUGUACUGUGGGUUUUGUUUGUUUGUUUGUUUCAGGAAGGGGGUAUAGUAACCUUUUGUCACACUUCUCUGAUAGUAUCUGUAAAGAUAAAUUAUACGGUUUUUAGUUUCUCAUUAGUGGGCCUAUUUAGUGACUAUUCCUGUAGGAGAGCAGAGCUCACUAUUGUACAGCUACAACUGUGAAUUUUAGUUCAGCUGACUCUGGGCCUAAGUAAAUCCAAGUUGUUGUCUUUCAUUUGCUCCUGGUCUUCUUGACGUCAGAGGUGCAGAUUGGAACACCUCUGUCAAUUGGGUAAAGAUACCUAUGAAACUCUCAGAUCAGACUGUAAGAACAGUAGUUUGGACUCCCGUUCUGUCUCGGCUGUAAGUGCUGCUCCUGAGUUUAAGAAAACCACUGUUGUUUUGGACUCUUUUAAAGAUGAUGCAUACUGUUAUCCUGUUUCGUAACAGCCAUGGACUGGUUUUAUGCUGAAUACUGGAGCAAGGAGAAAAUCUAGAGCAAAGCUCUAAUUGCACCUACUUGACAGCUGAAUUUGAGCAAUGUAGUUCAGUUGCCGCCAGUGAAGGGACAUCUAAUUCUGUACAGAUCUACCUUGACCUACCUACCUACUCCUGAAAUACACACUACUGUGGUAUCGGAAAGCCUGCAGAUAUUCUGGGUGAACCGUGAGGAAAAUUCAGCACGCUUUAGACCUCUGCUUCUUGCCAUCGCCUCCCGAAUCACAGCACUCGGUGAGGAUGCAGCUUGCUCGUGCCUUCUCCGGAGGAACAUGUGCUAACAGCUAGAUUGUACAUGGGGAAUUUGGUACCUGGUGGCACAGUGGACCAUGGCUGCAGCUCAUGUAAAAAGCUCUCUCAUAUCAGACGUUUUGCUCCUGGUGCAGGAACCCUGUGGCGUGCGUGUAUGUUCUCUGCGUGUGAAGUGGGUGCUGGGUUGAACUGAACUCUCUAAGGAGCUUUGACUAUGACUUAUCCAUCCUUUAAGUAGUUUACUGAAAAUGGAAAUAAAACCACUUUUAGGACUGCAUAAACAUAGCAAGAUGGCCAGUUUGUCGAGAAAUAAAAUGUCAAAAUAAUUUACAUUCAUUUCUGUCUUAAGCAUAUCUACCUUACACAAAUAAACAUAAGUCUACUGGAGUGCUUGUGAGAAGAAUAGUUUUAGCCUAAUCUCUCCGGGGUUGAAUUUCCCUGGGAGGGUCAUUGCUCAGCUGAAACUAAAACUGUAUUUAAAUGUGAACUGACUGGGUUUUUAUUUUUUCUCCUUUAUAAUGUUGUAACUCUAUUGAAAUAUGUGUUCUGGUCUUCUAUUUUCUUAGUAAAAUGCAUUCCCUUGCCUAAA